UCAUCAUUAUGUGGGGAGGUUUGAGAUGAGUUGAUAUUUUCUUCCCAAGUAUUGAAUGAAAAGAAAGAGACGGUGAGUUAAGAGUCAAGUGUGUGUAUGUGUUCUCAUUACUUUUCUCAUCAUCAUCACCAUCAUCAUCAUCAUCAUCUUCUCUACACAAACCAGAUGAGUGUAUACAUGUGAAGAGUUUUUAGAGAGAGAGAGAGAGAGAGAGAGAAAAGAGGAAAACCAACAAAACCAUAAGUUAGAUAUGAGAAGAAGAAGAAUUCGUCUGUGAAUUUGAAGGGGGCAUGAUCUUUCCUUUUUCUUUUUUUUUUUCCUUUCCAUUAUUUUCCCUCAAGAAGACAAGAACCCGAAACCAAGCUGGAAAUAAAAGAAAGAUAGAUCAAUUCAUAACCAAAACCAGGAGCUCUCCAUACCCUGUAUUGGAUACCCUUCUUUUCUUUUCUUUUUUUGAUAGUUUAAUUUCUUCUAUUCGUUUUGGAUUUUUCCUUUUUAUUAGUGUUUCCAAUAAUUGGGUCUGAUUAUUCUUUCUCCCAGCUCCAAAUUUUUGUCAUCUCCAUUUGGGUGUAUCAAAAUUUGCUUGCAUUCCAUUGGGUUCUAUCUACUAUUGGUGCUAUUAGUUUUCUUUAGUGAUUCGAAUUAGUGUUUGUACCUAGUGGAAGGAGGAAGAAGAGUGUUAGUAUGAGGGCAGGGUUGAAUACUAUCCAACAGACCCUGACCCCAGAAGCAGCCAGCGUGCUCAACCACUCUAUAGCGGAGGCUGGCCGCCGGAAUCACGGCCAAACUACUCCCCUGCAUGUGGCGGCGACGCUUUUGGCCUCCCCAUCUGGGUUUUUAAGGCAGGCAUGUAUUCGUUCUCAUCCCAAUUCUUCGCAUCCUCUGCAGUGCAGAGCUUUGGAGCUGUGCUUUAGCGUGGCAUUAGAGCGGCUCCCAACAGCCCAGAACAUGGCUCCUGGGAUGGAGCCGCCGAUUUCUAAUGCGCUAAUGGCAGCUCUGAAGCGGGCUCAGGCGCAUCAGAGGCGUGGUUGCCCCGAGCAGCAACAACAGCCGCUUUUGGCGGUAAAAGUUGAGCUGGAACAGUUGAUAAUUUCGAUCUUGGAUGACCCAAGUGUGAGCAGAGUGAUGCGGGAGGCGAGUUUUUCUAGUCCUGCAGUUAAGGCCACCAUUGAGCAGACGUUGAAUUCGACCAAUUCGCAUCAUCAUCCUCACGGCAAUGUUAAUUUGGGAACGUUCGGGGGGAUUGGGGGCCCUAAAAUACUCGCAGCUCCGAGCCCGACUCCGGUGCCACCUCCAGCCUCAUCAACUGCUAUUCCAAUGCCCAAUCGGCACAUGUACCUGAAUCCAAGACUCGUCGAAGGGGCUGCUGGGCAAUUGGGUAGUCAGAGGAAUGAAGAAGUGAAGAAAGUUUUGGAUAUUUUAUCGAGAAGCAAGAAAAGAAAUCCUGUUUUGGUAGGGGAAGGCGAGCCACAGGCCGUGGUGAAGGAGCUGCUGAGGAGGAUUGAGAAAGGAGAUUUGGGUAGUGAGGGGGUUCUAAAGAAUCUUCAGGUUAUCUCCAUCGAGAAAGAACUUCCUUGGGAAAAGAAUCAGAUAGCCGAGAAAAUGAAGGAAUUGGGAGGGCUAAUUGAGAGCAGGCUAAAUGGAAAUGGUGGAAUUAUUCUUGAUUUGGGGGAUUUGAAAUGGCUUGUGGAGCAGCCUGGUGGGAGUUAUGGUGGUACUGGUGGGGUUCAGCGGCCUCAGCAGCAGGUGGUUUCCGAGGCCGGCAGGGCGGCCGUGGUGGAAAUGGGGAAGUUAUUGACCAGGUGUGGGGAAAAUAAUAGUGCUAGUAAGAUUUGGUUGAUUGGAACUGCAACUUGCGAGACUUAUUUGAGGUGCCAAGUUUAUCAUCCUACCAUGGAAAAUGAUUGGGAUCUGCAGGCAGUCCCUAUAGCUCCCAGAUCGCCUAUGCCGGGGAUGUUCCCGAGGUUGGGAACUGAUAGAAUUCUGGGCAAUCACGUUGAGCCUCUAAAUGCAUUGAAGAGUCUCCCAACUAUGAAUCCUGCUUUGUCAAGGGUUGUUACGGAGAACCAGGAUCCUUCCCGCAGAACCUCCUGCUGUCCUCACUGUCUAGAGAAAUUUGAACAAGAGCUAAAACUUCUGAAGAGGCAGUUUGAGAAUUUAGCCCCCGAAAAUAAAUCAGAAUCAGCUAAGGCUCCUCUGCCACAAUGGUUGCAGAAUGCGAAACUCAGUAAUGGUGACGAUAAAAUGACAGAUCAGUCUCAGAGGAAGGAAUCAGAAUUGCUUUUAAAGCAGAAGACUCAAGAAUUACAGAGGAAAUGGAACGAGUCGUGCUUGCGCAUGCAUCCUAACUAUCAUCAAAACGUGAACUCAGAGAAAAUUGCUUCUCUAGCUCUCCCCACUAUGGGCUUAUAUAACCCAAACCUACUUUUACGCCAACCUCUUCCACCAAAGUUACAGCCUACAAGGGUGUUUUGCGACGCAUUGCAAAUGAAUCGAAAUCAAGUGACUGUUCAACCUUUGGAUCGUCUUGCUACUCCAAAUCAAUUGGCCGUCCAACUUUCAAAUCGUGUUGAUACCCCUCCUGGAAGCCCUGUGAGAACAGAACUGGCUCUUGGACGGAAAGUCACUGAAACAACCCCUGAGAAGACUAGUGAGACCGGCGAAAACCAUGUAAAAGACUUGUUGGGCAGCCUAUGCUCUGCACCUGAGACAAAAUUGCUUGACAAAUUUGCUAGUGCAUUAGAUGCUGAUACAUUCAAAAAGCUUCUCAAGGGUCUCAUGGCGAAAGCUUGGUGGCAGCAAGAAGCAGCCUCUGCUGUGGCUUCAGCUGUGACGCGUUGCCGGUUGGGCAAUGGGAAACGGCGGGGUUCUGCAUCAAAGGGUGAUGUGUGGUUGUUGUUCACGGGUCCUGACAGAAUUGCAAAAAGAAAGAUGGCAUCUGUUCUUUCAGAGCAUGUUUGUGGUGCAAGUCCAAUAAUGGUAUCUCUUGGUUCGCGACGGGAUGGUGCAGAGCCAGAUACAAUGUUCCGUGGGAAGACUGCACUGGAUCGAAUUGUUGAGGCUGUUCGAAGAAAUCCAUUCUCGGUUAUUAUGCUGGAAGAUAUUGAUGAAGCAGAUAUGCUGAUGCGCGGGAACAUAAAACGGGCAAUGGAGAGGGGCAGGCUCACUGAUUCUCAUGGCCGUGAAAUUAGUCUUGGUAAUGUCAUAUUCAUUCUCACUGGAAAUUGGUCAACAAUCAGUAGCGACAAUUCAGUUGAUGAGAGGAAGCUUGCCUCUCUAGCAAGUGAUAAUUGGCAGCUAAAGCUAUCAAUGGGCGAAAAGAAUGCAAAGCGAAGAGCGCCCUGGUUACGAGAUGGGGACAGAAUGACGAAACCUAGAAUAGAAGUGGGUUCUGGUCUUUCUUUCGACCUCAAUCAAGCAGCAGCAGACGGUGAAGAUGAUAGAACAGAUGGAUCUCACAAUUCAAGCGACCUCACAGUUGAUCACGACGAAGAGCACGGCCUUGAAGGCAGCAGGCAAUUCUCCAUUACGUCAGUGCCUCAUGAGCUGGUGGAUUUAGCAGAUGAUACCAUAGUGUUUAAGCCUGUGGAUAUGGCCUUUGUUCGUCGUGAGAUCAGGAAAACCAUUGCUACGAAAUUCUCCAUGGUUGUAGUGGAUGACAGGGUGUGCAUUGAAGUUGGAGAAGACGCAACAGAGAGAAUCCUAGGGGGGCUAUGGCACGGGCGAUCAAGCUUGGAAGAAUGGGUGGAGAAAGCUUUAGCUCCAAGCUUCGAGGAACUAAAAGCCCGGAUACCGUCGUCCACGGCUGAAACUACGUCAGUGGAGCUUCAGCUGGAGCUGAAUCCCAGUUUGGAUUGCCGGAGCAACGGAGAUCUGCUGCCUAGUAAAGUUGCAGUCAGUAAUGGUUGACUGACUGGGUACGAACCUGACAGGCGAUGAUUGGUAUUCCUGAAUUUCUCAGGGGGUGAUGGUGUAAAUAUGAAAAUGUCAUAGGCAAAAAAGGGGUAAAGAAAGAAAGAAAGAAACCGUUAGAGGGAGUGGGAUGUUGAUAGAUUAACAGAAUCCUGAACCGUUCUCACCUUUUUCUUAUUAUUAUUAUUUAUUUAUUUUCCUUUA